AGCGAACGAACCAGAGGCCUCUCUGGGUUCCAUGGUUGAAUUCCACCGGGGGCAGAGAGGGACAAUGCAUGGGCAAUCGCUGAUCCUGCCGUUUGGACCGAAAUUUCGACCCGCUCGCUCAUCGUCUGUUCGGACUUGCGAGACCUUCUUUCGGAGGGGGACGAAUGCUGGCUCCACGACCCUGGUGGAAGCUACUAGUCCAUGCGCCGUUCCGGCAUGCUUUUGAUACCCCAGACGAAAAAACAUGCCCUUCUUAGAGCUGACAUGCCCAUCCAUCCGUCCCUCCUUCACCUCCCCCCCUCUGCUUUGUAAAUAAUCCUCUCUGUUAUUCUUUCCCUGCUCCGAUCGCUUAUUGAUGCUGUUUUGACUACGGCGAUUUCUCUAUUUGCCUGGGCGGAACGAAAUCGUCCGUCAAACGACUCGUAUCCGAACUAGAUCGGAGUACCCACGCUCCAAUGGAGUACUUCGACUUCGAUGAGGCGUCGUUCGGUUCCCAUUUGAGGGAUGACGAUGUGGCUUCCGACAACAUCGAGCUCGACGAGAAUGACGCUGUUGCAAACUUCGACUCCCUUGCCCAAGAGCAAGACCUGGAAUUUCCAAAUGACCCUCAAGAGCAGACCCAGAACGUCGCCAAACCACCGGCGCAAGAUGCGCCCGACGCAGCUGCUCUAGAUGGAAUAUACCCAAUGUCUCCCGCGAAGGACCCCUGCGAUUUCUGCAGAAACAUGGGUCUGGAUUGCUUUGUUGCGAAGAGGGGCGUCAUGAUGCAGAAUGGCUGUACUUGUUGCAUUUCCCUCUAUCGAAAGUGCAGCUUCACUCAUGCCAAGGCGCCCGGCAAGUUCCUGGACACAUUAGACCCAAUCAACGAGAACAUCGAUAUCCCAACCGGUGGAUUAACUGGCAAAAAAGCGCUCAAGUCGUUGUCAGGCAUUGGUUUCCCGGAGGACACCGACGCUCGGGCAAGGAAGAGUACUUCUCGGCUUUCACGUGAAGCGGUGCGAGUUCUGAAGACAUGGCUCCAAGACCACAAAGACCAUCCCUACCCCAAUGAUCAAGAGAAGGAUGAAUUGAAACUACGCACAGGGCUGAAGCGCUCCCAAAUCUGCAAUUGGCUUGCGAAUGCAAGGCGACGUGGAAAGGUUCGACCGUCGCCGCGCAGCAGUUCUCCCGUCCCCGGCGCCGUGGAUAUCCCUGGACAAUCACCUGUGGAUCUCACACUCAUGACACCUCUGGAGCGUUGGAAACACUCCCCUCCUGAAAACGAACCUGCCACCAAAACCGAUAUUCUGCGUGCCUUGGUUAAUACAUCGCUGGAUUCUGUCCGGCACCGAUCGUCCCAGCCAGGUCACGUGCCUUACCCUUCUCGGAUGACUGGGUCUAGCAAUGACUCAAGCCAUGCCAAUUCUAAUAUGUUUCAUACCCCAUCCAUCAGCAGCUUAGAAACAAGUCGUUCUGCAAGCCGUUCGUCCUUAUCCGACCUAUCUUUUGCGUCGGCCUUUUCCCAUCACUCCUCCCUCGGGUCUUUUGGCUCGAUGGAUCGAAAAGAGCGACGUCGACGUCGCAAGCCCUCUGCGUCUGUGAAUACUCUCAAUCAACAGAAAACCCGAAGCGCUCGAAUCUUUCAAUGUACCUUUUGUGCCGAGUCCUUCCAAACCAAGUAUGACUGGCAGCGACAUGAAAAGUCGCUUCACUUAGCUCUGGAGAAAUGGACUUGCUCACCCUUCGGAGGCGUGUCAUUCAUAGAUGGAGCGAAUCGUUGCGUCUUUUGUAUGGAAGCGAACCCAGACAAUGACCAUCUAGAGUCGCACAACUAUAGUUCAUGCCAGGAGAAAACCCCGACGGAGCGGACCUUCUACCGGAAGGACCACCUCAAUCAGCAUCUGAGGUUAAUGCAUAACGUGAAAUUCCACUCCUCCAUGGACAGUUGGCGAAGUAAUACCUGCGAGAUCAGAUCUCGGUGCGGUUUCUGUGGAACAGUCCUAACUAGCUGGAAAGGUCGCACUGAUCAUCUGGCCGCGCAUUUCAAGAAUGGUGCCGACAUGACACAGUGGCAGGGUGACUGGGGUUUCGACCCGCUCGUGCAGAAUUUGGUCGAAAACGCCAUGCCACCGUAUCUCAUUGGCCAAGAAAGACACACCUUAGACCCUUAUACGGCUUCACAUAUCCAAGGACGCUCGGCACAGGAUCUUAAUGUACCGGAUGAUGCCAAUUGCUUUCAACGACUUCAACGCGAACUCACUGUUUACAUCCAUAAUCAAAAGGCAGUGGGUGUCAUCCCAACAGAUCUGAUGUUGCAAGACGAAGCACGUCGUAUUGUUUAUGCCAAUGAUGAUCGUUGGAACCAGACAUGUGCUGAUAAUCCCGUAUGGCUCAGCGUUCUCAAGCGAGACACUGGAAUCGAGGUUGUCCCCGGCUCAGAUCACAUUCAAUUUGCAAAUCUGGGCAUGCGCCCCCCCUUCGCGGCUCAGGGCGGUCUCAGUCGUGCUCCCAUAGAGACCAACUUAACGGCGAGGACCUUGCGUUACCAACGGCCUUUUAGUCCGGCCAAUCCUGGAUCUGGCUUCCAGAGCCCAGCAUUACCAGGGACUGGCCAAUCUUCUGUCGCCGCAAGUGUCCCGGGAAGCUCGGCCGGCAGCUAUGUCGGCAGUGCCGGGAUGAUGCUCCCUCCCACUCAAUCUGGAUUAUCCACCGAUUGGGGGAGCAGCUUCUCUGCCGGACCUUCAUCCUUUUCGACCCCUUUAAGUGGGUCUGCUGACCCGUUCAUACAAAUGGGAUUUGAUCCCGAGUUCCUUCAACGAUUGAAUCAAAACUAUGAUGAACUUGAUCUGGAAGAUCUGCAAGGGUUGAACUAUCCCGCGACUGAAGCAGAUGGGGGUGAACUUGAACCGGGAGGAGGACUGGGAACCAUGGCAUCUGCUAAUCUUGCGUCUGCGCCAAUUCCCAUUCCCAGUCCCCCGAAGCAACCGGAUGCUUUGAUGAGCGACGCUGCUCCCCUUGAGGAAGCCGGAAUUCCCCAGGGACUUCAUUUUCCUGGUAGGACUGGAGUCUGACGAGGCAGUUGAACUGAAAUCUUUCGGAAUAGAGGAAACACGGGGUGGGUACUAAUGAGGAUUUCGAUGGGGAAAAAAGUCACAUUCAGUCUGAGCAUGUCAUGAGAGGGAUUUUGCGAUCGAAUGACCCUUUGACUGCUUUUAUACCUCGCGGCGUAAAAUUGUACUUAGUCAUUUGCAAUCCAAUUCCAAAC